AUGAACGGGAACAACGAAGGUGGCGGUAGCGGCAGUGGUGCUCGUUGGCCGCUGCACCUGAGGGGAUACCCGGUGGCCCAGCCAACGCCGGCGGACUACCAAGACCGCCACCGCGCCAACCGCAACUACAUCCAGCACCCGCCCCCCCCUCAGCCGGAACCCGACCUGCUGCCAGGACAGGACGCCCGUCCUCUCCCGUGGCCACUUCUGCCUCCUUACCAGGCCGACCCGGAGAUCCAGCCCGGAAGGCUCGUCACUACGGGUGCUUUUGGCGUCGCCAUUCCCCUCCAGGAGCUGCCCUUGCAGGAGCUGCCCUUGCAGGAGCUGCCACGUCUGCCCUACCUGCAGCCCCGCCACGGCCCGAUGCCGCCGCCGCCUGAACCCGCUGCCAAUGCCUUCCAUCCGAUGGAGCUGUGGGGUCCGGUACCGGCGGUACUGCACCGGGUGCCACCGCCGCUGCCACCGCAUAUGGCGGCAGCGGUGGUGCCGGCGGCGGUAGCUGCCGUGGCGCAUGUGCGUGUGCCGGAGCACAACGGCGCUAUGCGCGUCUCAAGCCGUAACGAUCGUUCGUCAAGCGGCAGCAGCCAAUCGUCGACGGAGCACGAGGCCUUCCUCGGCAACAGUGAGGCCACCGAAGGGCGACUGGGUGGUGCGGGCGGAAGCAAUGGCCGCACGCGGGCCUCUCGCUAUAAGGGUAUCGAGUGGAACCCCCGCACCGGCAAGUGGGACGUGUACCUCCAGAUUCCGAAGGGAGGUCGGAAGUAG